AUGUGCCGCGUCGGUUACACAUACAAGUACUGCCUCAACGGCGACCGAUGCCAUUCCAACCGCGGCUGGCGCAGCCGCAACGGCGAACUUUAUCCCGUCGGCAGGUAUUUUGAGCGCGCAGAGCGCGUCUUCAGCCGCCCUCGCUGUAACCGCUCUGAUUGGCGUCACGACACCUACCUCGACGGGAGGACCAGCGACGAGUACUAUUCGUCGUGUCUGGCGGCAGGAGAGACGAGUGGAGAUAGGUGGUACUACCACAGGUAG